UGCUCUCUUCCCACAUUUCCCCAAGACACAAGAAUGGCUUUUCUUGGAAUUCUUGUAAUGGGCUUUCUUGCAAUGGUGGCUGAGGUCAGUGGCUAUGGCGGCGGGUGGAGCAAUGCACAUGCCACCUUCUAUGGAGGGAGUGAUGCUUCUGGAACAAUGGGAGGGGCUUGUGGGUAUGGGAAUUUGUACAGUCAAGGGUAUGGUACAAACACAGCAGCGCUGAGUACAGCUCUUUUCAACAGCGGGCUGAGCUGCGGGUCAUGCUACGAAAUCAGGUGCGCCGGUGCCCGGCAAUGGUGCCUGCCCGGAACCAUUACGGUCACCGCCACCAACUUCUGCCCUCCGAACAAUGCCCUGCCCAACAACGCCGGCGGGUGGUGCAACCCGCCCCUCCAACACUUUGACCUCUCCCAGCCCGUCUUCCAGCACAUUGCCCAGUACAAGGCCGGAAUCGUCCCCGUUUCUUACAGAAGAGUGCCUUGCCGGAGAAAAGGGGGGAUUAGGUUUACCAUCAACGGCCAUUCUUAUUUCAACCUCGUCCUUGUGACGAACGUCGCCGGCGCCGGCGACGUGCACGCCGUGUCGGUGAAGGGGUCCCGGACCGGCUGGCAGGCAAUGUCCAGAAACUGGGGGCAGAAUUGGCAGAGCAACUCUUACCUCAACGGUCAGAGCCUCUCUUUUAAAGUCACCGCCAGUGACGGACGGACAGUCGUCUCCUACAACGUGGCGCCCUCCCAUUGGUCCUUCGGCCAAACCUACGCCGGUGCACAGUUUCACUGAAUUUAGAUACAUACAAACACAUAUAUAUAUAUGUAUUAUAUGCACGUGUUCUAUUUUUUUGGGGGGAGGGGAUUAGGUAGUGAAUUUACGAUGAUUAUUAAUUAAUUACAUGGUCAUUAGUAUUAGUAGUGUGACCUUAAAUUAUUGGCGUAGGAAGGGCUAAUUUUAAAGGGUCCUUUUAUUAAUUAGCUGAGGUGGGUUUAUUACGAGCUGUAAUCACCACCCGCUGGUAAUGUAAUGUUAUGUCGUUACAUUAAUUGGGACACGCCACGUGUUCCUUGACGGUAAUGACUUGGGGUUUGUUGUACUAUUCAAGAAUGUAAAAGCUUAUUUUUAAGUUGGUUUU